UCAGAGGUGGCGGCAGACUACAGUGCUACCGCGACGGCGGCCGGGCUGCGGGGGCUCGGGACCGCGGCGGGUGCGAGGCGAUGGAGGAUCCUGUUCAAGAUGGGGUGGCUUCACCAGCCACCCCUGGGCCCGGGAAAUCUAAGCUGGAAACAUUGCCCAAGGAAGAUCUCAUCAAGUUUGCCAAGAAGCAGAUGAUGCUAAUACAGAAAGCUAAAUCAAGGUGUACAGAAUUAGAGAAAGAAAUUGAAGAACUCAAAUCAAAACCUGUUGCUGGAGGAACUGACGAUAUUACUAAGGCAUUGACUGAACGUCUAGAUGCUAUUCUUCUGGAAAAAGCAGAGACUGAACAGCAGUGUCUUUCUCUGAAGAAGGAAAAUAUUAAAAUGAAGCAAGAAGUUGAGGAUUCUAUAACUAAGAUGGAAGAUAUGCAAAAGGAGUUUGAACAAUCUCAUAGAAACUAUGUGAAAGAAAUUGAAAAUUUGAAAAAUGAAUUGAUGUCAGUACAUUCCAAACACAGUGAAGAUAAAGCUAGCUUACAAAAGGAACUGGAAGAAGCAAUGAAUAAACAAUUUGAGCUUUCAGAACAACUUAAAUUUCAGAGUGGCUCUGAAGGUGAUCUUAAAAGACUACAAGAAGAGAUUCAGAAAAUUAGGCCAGCCUUUGAAGAGGAAAUUUUAUAUCUGCAAAAACAAUUAGAAGCUACCACUGAUGAAAAGAAGCAAACAAUUACUCAUCUCCAAAAAGUCAUUGAGGCCAACUCUCAGCAUUAUCAGAAAGAUAUUAAUAGUUUACAAGAAGAGCUUUCACAGUUGAAAGCUACGCACCAAGAAGAGGUGAAAGAAUUGAUGUGCCAAAUUGAAGCGUCAGCUAAAGAACAUGAAGCAGAAAUAAAUAAAUUAAACCAGAUAAAAGAGAAUUUAGUAAAACAAUGUGAGGCAAGUGAGAAGAACAUUCAGGAGAAAUAUGAAUGUGAAUUAGAAAACUUAAGGAAAGCCACCUCAAAUGCAAACCAAGACAGUCAGAUGUGUUCUGUGCUCUUGCAAGAAAAUACUUCUUUAGAACAAGUAGUAAGUGAAAAAGUCAAACACCUAGAAGAUGCCUUAAAAGAACUGGAAUCGCAACAUAGUAUCUUAAAAGAUGAAGUAACUUAUAUGAAUAAUCUUAAAUUAAAAUUUGAAAUGGAUGCUCAACAUAUAAAGGAUGAGUUUUUUCAUGAACGGGAAGACCUAGAGUUUAAAAUUAAUGAAUUAUUACUAGCUAAAGAAGAACAGAGCUGUAUAAUUGAAAAAUUAAAAUCUGAGUUAGAAGAUUUAAAUAAACAAUUUUGCUGUACUGUAGAACAACAUAACAAAGAAGUGCAGAGUCUUAAGGAACAACAUCAAAAAGAAAUAUCAGAACUAAAUGAGACAUUUUUGUCAGGUUCAGAAAAAGAGAAAUUAACAUUAAUGUUUGAAAUACAGGGUCUUAAGGAACAAUGUGAAAACCUACGACAAGAAAAGCAAGAAGCAAUCUUAAAUUAUGAGAGUUUGCGAGAGAUUAUGGAAAUUUUACAGACAGAACUAGGGGAAUCUGCUGGAAAAAUAAGUCAAGAGUUUGAAUCAAUGAAGCAACAGCAAGCCUCUGAUGUUCAUGAGCUCCAGCAGAAGCUCAGAACUGCUUUUACUGAAAAAGAUGCUCUUCUUGAAACUGUGAAUCAUCUCCAGAGAGAAAAUGAAAAGUUAUUAUCUCAACAAGAAUUAGUACCAGAAUUUGAAAAUACUAUAAAGAACCUUCAAGAAAAGAAUGAAGUGCACUUACUUAGUCUCAGUCAAAGAGACAUCAUGUUACAAGAAUUAGAAACAAAGAUUAGUUCUCUUACUGAGGAAAAAAAUGAUUUCAUAAAUAAACUAAAAAAUUCUCAUGAAGAAAUGGAUAAUCUCCAUAAAAAAUGUGAAGGGGAAGAAAGGUUGAUUAUAGAACUUAAGGAGAAAGUGGAGCAAACUGCUCAGUACAACAAUGAACUAGAACAAAAGGUAAAUGAAUUAACAGAAGGACUAGAAGAGACUUUAAAAGAAAAGGAUCAAAGUGACCAAAAACUAGAAAAACUUACGGUUCAAAUGAAAACUCUCUCUGAAGACCAAGAAGCAUUGUCAUCUGAAGUGAAAUCUCUUUAUGAGGAAAAUAAUAGACUAAGUUCAGAGAAGAACCAGUUGAGCAAGGAUUUGGAAGUUCUUCUGUCUCAAAAAGAAGGAGAUGUUAUCCUUAAAGAACAUAUUACUGAAUUAGAAAAGAAACUUCAGUUAGCUGUUGAAAAGCAAGAUAAUUUAAAUAAACUGUUUGAAAAUGAGCAAGUUCAGAAGUUAUGUGUGAAAACUCAGUUGUAUGGUUUUCUUAAGCAAAUGGGGUCAGAAGUUUCAGAAGAAACUGAAGAACAAGAUGUUGUAAGUGUCUUACAUGCUGUAGGUGAAUCUUUAGCAAAAAUAAAUGAGGAAAAACACAAUUUAGUUUCUCAGUAUGACAAAAGGAUAUUUGAGUUAGAAAAAGAGAUUAAGUGCCUUCAAGAAGAGAGUGUAGUUCAUUCUGAAGAACUUAAGUCUUUACUAAGAGACCAUGAGCAAGAAAAAGUUCUCUUAAGAAAAGAGUUAGAAGAAAUCCAGUCAGAAAAAGAGGCCCUACAAUUUGACCUUCUAGAAAUGAAGAAUGCUAAUGAAAAAACAAGGCCUGAAAAUCAGAAUCUUUUAAUUCAAGUUGAAGAAGUAUCUCAAACAUUAUAUAGCAAAAAUGAAAUCCAUAAUGAAAAAGAAAAAUGUUUUAAAAAGGAAGAUGAAAACCUAAAGCCAUUAUUAGAACAAAAAGAAUCUGAGUUGCAAGAUUUGAGAGCAGAGUUGAGAUCUUUAAAGGAUUCCUUAGGGAAAUCACCUUCUGUAAAAAGUGAUCAACUCUCUUCAGUAAAAGAGCUGGAAGAAAAAAUAGGAAAUCUGGAAAAAGAAUGCAAAGAGAAGGAGGAGAAAAUAAAUAAGAUAAAAUUAGUUGCCGUGAAGGCAAAGAAAGAACUAGAUUCUAGCAGAAAGGAGGUCCAGACUGUAAGGGAAGAACUUGAAUCUGUUCGGUCAGAGAAGGACCAGUUGUCUGCUUCUAUGAGAGAGCUCAUUCAAGGAGCAGAAAGCUAUAAGAAUCUUUUAUUAGAAUAUGAUAAGCAGUCAGAGCAGUUGGAUGUGGAAAAAGAACGUGCUAAUAGUUUUGAGCAUCAUAUUGAAGACCUUACAAGACAAUUAAGAAAUUCGACUUUUCAGUGUGAAAAAUUAAAUUCUGAUAAUGAAGAUCUCCUGGCUCGUAUUGAGACAUUACAGUCUAAUGCCAAGUUAUUAGAAGUACAGAUUUUAGACGUCCAGAAAGCCAAAGCAAUGGUAGACAAAGAAUUGGAAGCUGAGAAACUUCAGAAAGAGCAGAAGAUAAAGGAACAUGCCGGGACUGUAAAUGAACUUGAAGAACUUCAGGUACAACUUCAAAAAGAAAAGAAACAGCUUCAGAAAACCAUGCAAGAAUUAGAGCUGGUUAAAAAGGAUGCCCAACAAACCACAUUGAUGAAUAUGGAAAUAGCUGAUUAUGAACGUUUGGUGAAAGAACUAAAUCAAAAGUUAACUAAUAAAAAUAGCAAGAUAGAAGAUUUGGAGCAAGAAAUAAAAAUUCAAAAACAGAAACAAGAAACCCUACAAGAAGAAAUAACUUCACUACAGUCUUCAGUGCAACAAUAUGAAGAAAAAAACACCAAAAUCAAGCAGUUGCUUGUGAAAACCAAAAAAGAACUGGCAGAUUCAAAACAAGCAGAAACUGAUCACUUAAUACUUCAAGCAUCUUUAAAGGGUGAGCUGGAGGCAAGCCAGCAGCAAGUAGAACUCUAUAAAAUUCAGCUGGCUGAAUUAACAUCUGAGAAACACAAAAUCCACGAGCACCUGAAGACCUCUGUGGAGCAGCAUCAGCGCACGGUGAGCGCGUACCAGCAGAGAGUGACCGCGCUGCAGGAAGAGAGCCGCGCUGCCAAGGCAGAACAAGCUACUAUAACCUCUGAAUUUGAGAGCUACAAAGUCCGAGUUCAUAAUGUUUUAAAACAACAGAAAAAUAAAUCUGUGUCUCAGGCUGAAACUGAAGGAGCUAAACAAGAAAGGGAACAUCUGGAAAUGCUGAUUGACCAACUCAAAAUCAAAUUACAAGAUAGCCAAAAUAACUUACAGAUUAAUGUAUGUGAACUUCAAACAUUACAGUCUGAACAUGAUACCCUGCUAGAAAGGCACAACAAGAUGCUGCAGGAAACCGUGUCCAAAGAGGCGGAACUCCGGGAAAAGUUGUGUUCAAUACAAUCAGAGAACAUGAUGGUGAAGUCUGAACAUGCACAGACGGUGAGUCAACUAACGUCCCAAAAUGAGGUCCUUCGAAACAGCUUCCGAGAUCAGGUGCGGCAUCUGCAGGAAGAGCACAGAAAGACAGUGGAGACUUUACAGCAGCAGCUCUCCAAGGUGGAGGCACAGCUCUUCCAGCUGAAGAAUGAACCUCCCACAAGAAGCCCAGCUUCUUCCCACCAACCUUUGAAGAACCUUCGAGAGAAAAGAAACACAGACCUCCCACUGUUUGACAUGCACACCGUCACCCGGGAAGAGGGGGAAGGGAUGGAGACAACUGACACUGAGUCUGUGUCUUCCACCAGCACACACACACAGUCUUUAGAGCAGCUGCUUAAUACUCCUGAAAUGAAACUUGAGCCUCCUUUAUGGCAUGCUGAAUUCACCAAAGAAGAACUGGUUCAAAAGCUGAGUUCCACCACAAAAAGUGCGGAUCACUUGAACAGCCUGCUGCGGGAAACAGAAGCAACCAAUGCAAUCCUUAUGGAGCAAAUUAAGCUUCUCAAAAGUGAAAUAAGAAGAUUGGAAAGAAAUCAAGAGCGAGAAAAGUCUGUAGCUAACCUGGAAUACUUGAAGAAUGUCUUGCUACAAUUCAUAUUCCUGAAACCAGGUAGUGAAAGAGAGAGGCUUCUUCCUGUUAUUGAUACAAUGUUGCAGCUCAGCCCUGAAGAAAAGGGAAAACUUGCUGCAAUUGCUCAAGGUGAGGAAGAAAAUGCUUCCCGUUCUUCCGGAUGGGCAUCCUAUCUGCAUAGUUGGUCUGGACUUCGAUAGAUUGAUGGAAAGAAAAUUCUUCAUUGACCAAAUAGAAUCCAUUUUGCAAAAAUAGUUCAUGUAUAUUACUGUCAUUCUUUUGUCAAAAAGUGUGUAUAUAUGUUCACAUCUACAUAUAUUUGUACAUAUAUAUGACAGAUAUAUUUUUAAAGUCUCAGCUGGAAGUAAAAGUACAGCAGCUUAAAGAGUUGGUACCAGUCCACAGCCCUCUGUAACUCACGUGCUCUCCCCUGCAUGCUGCCAGAAUGAAAACACAAGGAAUGAAUUCACUGCCCCUUCUUUGGAACCUCAGUACUGUGAAUUUUGAAGUUAAACUAAAUUUUGGUCCUGUACCAACUGGAAUUUAGGUUUUUAAAAUAGUGUUUCAAGACUAUUUAUUGCAAAGUCAGAUUUGCAGAUAGAUUGUUACUAGUUAUAAAUUGUUGAGAUAAUUUGGUGACUAGAAUAUGAAGGAAAAUGCUUUAUUGUAAAGUUAACUUACGUUAUUAAGCGGCUGUGAAGUAAAUAUGCUAUAGUUAAUUAUGGUAAGUUAAAAUACACUUUAGUUAUUUAGUUUAAAAUAAACUGGGUUUUUUUUCUCUAAAAUGUAUUUGCUCAGAACUCAUGUUGUCAGAAGCCCUAGUACUGGCUGGUAUAACACUAACGAUGAACAGAUGAGACCACCACCUCGAUGGGGUACUUUCAUGGUGUCUAUCCAGGCUCUUGGUGUGGUACCACUACUUGCAAGCUAUGAGUCUGUUUUAAGAAUUCUGUCCAUCUCCCCAAAUAAAAACAUCACAACAGUGACUGUAUUUCUCAGCAUUGUAUCUAAAUAUGAAAUUGGUGCUUCUAGAGUUUGGCAGAUAAUGUUGUUCCAUAAGCUUUCCUUCAGGAGGGAUUUUAGAAGGACACCGCUAGGUAACAAUAUUACUUGCCUUUGAUGCUUCUGAUAUGUUUUAAGAACUAGAUGAAAAUGGUGUUCUUAAAUCAAAAAUUUGAGAAUUCUAUUUUUAAUACUUGUUUGUUAAUAAAUCACCACACAGUACGCUCUCUGAAGUCCUCUCAAGCCUUCCGAUUUACACUUUGAUUUUCAGUCUCACUGGAGAACUUUGUACUUUGGUUAUGUAGAACUUUGGUUUCCAAUUGAGUUUAACUGAAAUUUACUGCUGACAUGUUGAGUUUGUUCUUUAAAAAAUAUUUCAUUAUCUCUUUCCUCCUGUCUUAGAAGAACAGACCUAACUAGUGAAUAUAUUAAUGAAAAUGCAUCUAUUUCAGAUCUGACUUUGAGUUUAGUUUUUUUUACUUUAUAAACUGUGAAUGUGAGUAUGCCAGCAGCAUACAAUGAAACUGUAAUAGUAUUUAAAUAAAUUUCACUUUCUCUUUGAGUGUAGGCCUUUUGAAAUCUAUAUAAACUUGUUUUGAAAUACAGUCUCUACUUAUGAAUGUAAUAACAAAAAUAUCUUUUGCAUGAUUAAAAAUUAUUACUUUGAUUACAAAAGGCAUAUUCUUUCAUGGUUUCAACAAUGAGAGGAGAUGUAAUAUUUUAAUAUUUCUAUUAAAUAUGUUUAACUGUA